UCACCAUGUGUGAUGAUGACAUAACCUCUCCAUUUAUACAGACGAUAUGGCAGUCAUUGCUUCCAACACGUGAUUGAGAACCAUGGCUUAUCUAUAGUUUGUGCUUGCUUAGUCACGAUUUACAAAAUGGCGACUCUCUCAGGUGUUAUAUUUAUCCUGUUGGUGACCACAGGGGCUGCACUGGAGUGUUUGUUCUGCAUGAACGCCAACCAACAGCUUGACCACUGCCAUCCCAUUACAUGUGCUCAACACGAGGUACGGCGUCUUGUCGGGUAACACAUUAUUCGCUGAAGGUGGUCAAUAUAGAAAAAAAAGUAUGUGGGGAGUGUUUUUUUGAGAGGACCGUGGACCUGGAUACAUAUGACAUCUUACACAACGCCGGAUGUCGGGAUAGAGCGCUGUGUCAGUACAUCACAAUGGUUGGGCAAGGGAAGAAGCGAAGGAGGAGUGUCGUAGUGAAGAGGGGCGACAUUCAAACAUCCGCCCCUGUUGAAUACCGGUCCUGCUAUGACUGCUGUGGCACUCCAGGGACAUCGGGACAACCUUGCAAUGCUCUCCUGUGUCACCAAAAUUCUACGCACACCACGGCAAGCCAUUGAAAAAGGCCACAUUUCAAGAAAUAAAUUGGUUUCUUUGAUAAAA